AUGAAGAGUUUAACCUUGCUUGCUCCCUUACUCUUGUGUGUUACUUUACUAUGUUCUUCUCUUAAUGUUGCUUCUGAUUCUGCAGCAGCAGCAUUGGCAAUCCUCAAAUGGAAAGCCAGCCUUCAAAGCCAAAACCAUUCUGUUUUGCUUUCCUGGAAUACUUCCAACAACCCAAAUACCAAAACAAGUCCUUGUGCUUGGUUUGGAAUCCAUUGCAACCAUGCUGACAGUGUUACAAAGAUUAACCUCACUGGCUAUGGUGUAAAAGGUACGCUCCAUUUAUUCCCAUUCUUGUCUUUGCCUAAUCUUGCAGAGUUGGACCUUAGCACCAAUGAACUUUAUGGCAUAAUCCCACCUAAAAUCAGUCAGCUCUCCAAACUCACCUACCUCGAUUUAUCCUUUAACCAGAUCUCUGGCCAAAUCCCACCUGAAAUUAGCCACCUUGUACAUCGUCAGACCCUCCACCUUGCUGGAAAUCAGUUGAACGGCUCAAUUCCUCGAGAAAUUGGUCAGCUCAAAUUUCUCACUGACCUUGCCUUGUGUAGCAACAAGCUAAAUGGUUGCAUUCCUGCUUCUCUCGGUAAACUAAGUCGACUUGUUUCCUUGCUUCUCUAUAAUAAUUCCCUUUCUGGUCCCAUUCCUCCAGAAUUGGGAAACCUUAGGAAUUUAGUUGAAGUUUACCUGGACACCAACCGUCUAACUGGUCCCAUCACUUCCACAUUUGGAAACUUGAAAAAACUGACGGUGCUUCAGAUGUUUAACAAUAGUCUUUCAGGUCCCAUCCCCUUUGAGUUAGGGAAUAUGGAAUCUCUUUCUGAAAUAAGCCUUUAUCACAACAAUCUAUCUGGCUUGAUCCCAACCUCAUUUGGUGGCUUGAGACUUCUUACACUUGCCCACCUCUAUGAAAAUCAACUCUCUGGUCCAAUUCCUGAGGAGAUAGGAAACUUGAAUUCUCUUGUUGACCUGGAGUUGAGUGAAAACCAACUCAACGGCUCUAUUCCUGCUUCACUUGGCAAUUUGAGCAACUUGGAAAUUCUGUUCCUCCGAGACAACCGGGUCUCAGGUUCCAUUCCUAAUGAAAUUGGAAACUUGAUGAAGUUGACCGUGUUAGAACUAGACCACAACAAUCUGACAGGAAAUUUGCCACAAGGCAUUUGCCGUGGUGGAUCACUUGAAUACUUCACAGCAAAUGACAACCAGCUUACCAGACCAAUCCCUCAAGGGUUGAAAAUUUGCACUAGCUUGAAGAGAGUCUACCUUGAAAGAAACCGACUCAGAGGAAAUAUAUCUGAAGAUUUAAGCGUUUACCCGAAUCUGAAGAUUUAA